UGUGCGCGUUUUUUUUUUUUUUUUGAAAGCCUUCGGCAGUAUCUGGCAACCCUGCUUGCCACAUUGAAGAGGAACAAAAAGGCGACCUGACAGCGGUUUCUGCACUCCCUCCACUUUCUCCGGGGUAGUCACGGGAUUUCAAUGUUCAGCCUGCUCUUUGGUUUCUGUGUUGACUUGAGCCGUACCUAUAUGGCGUGUGUGAGCGGAGAGUUCUGCCAGGCACAGCACCUCACCUCUGUGGAGAAGUGAAUCGGCCGCCCCCUGAGGGACUACGCUACCCAGAAACCCCCCUGACUGCCAGCUCACUAGGAACUGCUGACUUUUCCAAAGGCCCCCCCUGGGAUAUUGCGUAGUCCUUGGCCCCGACUGCCUGACCCUGUCCCAACCAAUACGAAAAACCCUUUGCUUUCCACUUUCUCCUAGAACAGCCAAUCACAAACAGCUCUCCUGAAUGGGCCGUCUCGCCAACAUGAACCGCCCCGCUGCAGUCGAGAUCACCUACGAGUGCAUGAGGUUCCUCAUCACCCACAACCCCACCAAUGCCACGCUCAACAAGUUCACCGAGGAGCUGAAAAAGUUCGAGGUGAACACGCUGGUGAGAGUUUGUGAUGCCACCUAUGAUAAGGUUCCAGUCGAGAAGGAGGGGAUACAGGUCCUGGACUGGCCUUUUGACGAUGGCGCCCCCCCUCCCACCCAGAUUGUGGACGAUUGGCUCAAGUUGCUCAACACCAAGUUUCGAGAGGAACCUGGCUGCUGCAUCGCUGUGCACUGUGUUGCAGGACUGGGCCGAGCUCCAGUCUUGGUGGCCUUAGCCCUCAUUGAGUCUGGGAUGAAGUAUGAGGAUGCUGUGCAGUUCAUAAGGCAGAAGAGACGCGGAGCCUUCAACUCCAAACAGCUUCUUUACCUCGAGAAAUACAGACCCAAAAUGCGUCUGCGGUUCAAGGAUACCAACGGCCCCAACUGCUGUGUGCAGUAGGCUACCUGUCAGUGCAUCUUUUCUUAUGCGCAUCUAGUGGGAAAUCUUCCAACAACGGGAGAUUAAAAAAAAAAAAAUGAAGAGAGUGCUAUCAGUAAUUAUUGUGAUGAUUUGUUAACACUGAGUCAUGGUUAAAUUGAUCAGAGAAAGCGAGUGAUCAAAUGAAUGAAUCCAGAUCUGGGGAUCCACCAGCCGAACCAAUGAAUGGAAGGUCAAAGCACACAGAAAGGCCCGCCUCCCGGUUAUACUGUCCAACCACGGGUCAGAAUUAGUCCAUCCUUUUUGUUUUUCCUUUUAUUUUUAUUUUUUUUUUUAAUUAUUACUUCAGUUGUAAUCAUGGGAUAACAAUUUGCAUUUUGUGAAUUUUUAUUUUUACACAAACAUGGUGAUGAAAAGAGGAAAGUGUUUAGAAUAUUCAGAUUUUUAUUUCCACCUAUUAUUGAUAUUAUGAUCAGGCCAGAAUAAUGUACCUUUUUAAAAAGCAUUUUUAAACUUUGAACACACAUUGUGGCUGUCCGUCUUUUUUGCACAAAACUCAAAGGUUCACCUGAAGAUGCAGUAAUGUUUUCCUUUUACCCUUCACUCGCUUAAAGUCACUGAGUUUGAAUAUGUCUGCAAUAUUUAUUCACAAGAUAUGAUAUGUGUGGCAGUUAUGAGUUUGGCAGGGGCAAGGACACUUUGUUAUCCAGUAGUUUUUUUUAUUUUGUUAAUCCUUUGAGAGCCAUGUCUUUUCUUUUUUCUUUUCUCUUUUUCUUUCUUUUUUUUUUUUUUUUUGUUAAUCUUGUUGGAGUGCAAUAAUCAGUCCACCUCAGAUAAGCCCACCAAACCCUGCUGAGCAUCCUACAAACACACUUCACACACACACAUACACAUACAAGUACACUUCAAACCCUCAUCCAGGCAGUGUCAGAUGUGGAAAAAUAAAACAACAACGUAUCAUCUACUACAACAGGUACUUCUCCUGCUUUCAUUCUCUCCCGAAGGGGGGGCAAUAGUAGGACACCCCUAAAUAUGCAUAUUCAGUCUUGUACACAGAGCCUGAGAUCCAAUCUGAAAGACAAGGUGAAGAAUGAAAAUGGUCAGUUUUUUAUCAAUGUACCCAUUUUGAGAACAUCCCCGAUUCGUAUUGGUUCUUUAAAGAUAAAUAAAUUGAAAUAAAAAGCA